AUGCAGACAGAAAAUUACGGGCAAAACCUCGCGUUUAACGAACCAAAACGAGCUCAGGGUCUUAAGCAGGUAACCUUUAGUCAUUUCCAGGAAAUUAUGCCCCAUAACACUCGUAUGCUGAUCGUGGUUAUCGUGCUGUUUCUUGUUACUGAAAUUCCAGCUGCUCUCAUUUUUAUCAUUCAUGUUCUGUCCGUUUCGCUUAAGUCUUAUGUGAUCAACUAUCAACUUCUGAACGUCCUCCUGAUUGUGAGAAAUGUUCUCAUUGUAAUUUCGUAUCCAUUUCGAUUUGCCAUUUAUUGUGGGAUGUCACAGCAAUUUCGUGAUGUAGUAAGACAGGUAAUGUGAAA